UCCCCUGAAGUUGGGUUGUUCUGUUUAUCGGUGUGUGUUUUCCCGCGUCGUGAUAAACACGGCCGACAUUCGGCUCCGUCUGUGGGUCGAGAAGAUGAUAAAGACGGAGAGGAUUCUUCACCUGAAGAGCUGCCGCGGCCGGAAGGUCCGUGUGGUCCGGGAACAUUAUCUGAGGGAGCGGGUUCCCUGCUAUAGCGGCAUAUGUCAGGCGGGAUGUGCCAACGAUGGUAAGGUGUUGCCUGGAGAUCUCACCCACUAUGUUGUGCCUGAUGUCGGGGUGGUGGUCGACUACCUGGAGAUCCUGGAGUUCAGAGAAAUGCAGGGCAUUAUCUUCACGCAGACCGCCUGCCAGGCUGUUCAGCACAGCAAGGGACGCAGACAGUCUAACCGUUUGCGAAACCUGCUGAAAGACCCUCGCCAUGACUGUGUUCUGUUUGCCAAUGAGUUUCAGCAGUACUCCUUCUGUCCACGAGAGAAGGGCGAGAGCCAGGAGAAGUGGCAGACGAGGUGUGUGUACUCUGCAGCAGUGUGGUACUAUAACCACCUGGCAGGAAUGAUGGACAUUGUGAUGAUAACAGACGACCAGGAAGCUGUGGAUCAGUACAGCAGCCUCAGCUCUGGAGUCUACGUCAUCACCGUCCGGGAUUAUUUGCAGAACUUCUGGCCGGACCUGCAAGCAGCCCACGAGUUGUACACCUCCGUUUCUCAGGUGCUGCAAGAAAAAGAGAGUGAGGGCAAGGAGGGAGAGUAUGGUGAGCAUCUCCCACCAGAAGUCUUAGAGGCAGGAAUCAAGUCUGGACGGUACAUUCAGGGUACUUUGAGUGUCAGCAAGCACCGAGCUCAGACUGAAGCUUUCGUCAUGAUGGAGGGUUUUUCUAACAAGAGCUCAGAUAUUGGUUGUCGCGUGUUGGUGCACGGCGAUAAGAGUCGUAACCGAGCCGUGCAUGGCGACGUGGUCGUGAUGGAGCUGUUGCCAAAGAGCGAGUGGAGGGGGAAAGUCACAACUCUGUCAGAGGGUCAGGGGGCAGAGAAGAGUGGAGAGGACGAGAGUAAACCACUGCCCACAGGCCGUGUCGUGGGAAUCCUGCAGAGGAACUGGAGGGACUAUGUCGUGACUUUUCCUCCCAGGGAGGGGCCUCAGUCCCAGAGCAGAAACUCCCAGCGUAUCCUGGCUGUGCCCUGGGACUAUCGCAUCCCAAAGAUCCGCAUCAGCACGCAGCAGGCAGACGCUCUGCAGGACCACAGAGUGGUGGUGCGCAUUGACUCAUGGGAAAGCUCAUCUCUCUAUCCCAAUGGCCACAGUGUGCGGGUUCUGGGUCGGGCUGGAGAGCUAGAGACCGAGGUCCAGACCAUACUUAUCGAGAACUCCAUCCAUGUUCCUCCUUUCUCAGAUGCACAGUUGAGAGAGAUGCCAGUCAAUUCUCCUGAAAAACCAUGGAAAGUGGAUCCUGCCCAGGUAGCAGCGCGGCGGGACCUGAGGGAGAGUCACCUGAUCUUCAGCAUCGACCCAAAGGGCUGCGAGGACGUAGACGACACGUUGUCAGUGCGCAGCCUCGCUGGUGGGAAGUCGCUUGAGCUCGGGGUUCACAUUGCUGAUGUCACCCACUUUGUGAAGGAGGGAUCGAUCACAGACCUGGAAGCACGCACCAGGGCAACAACCUACUAUCUGGCCGACCGCAGGUACGACAUGCUGCCUGCUGUUCUCAGUGGAGACCUCUGCUCGCUGCUGGGAGGAGUCGACAGGUAUGCGAUGAGUGUGAUGUGGGAGCUUGACGCGCACACCCUCGCAGUCAACCAGGUGUGGUAUGGUCGCACGAUCAUCCGCUCCUCCUACCAGCUGCACUACGAGCUGGCCCAGGCGCUGCUGAACGGAGAGCAGGCAGAGGUUCCUGAACUGGCCCGGCUCGGCUCAGAGAGGAAGGACGCUCGGCUGGUGGAGCUCACUCAAGCUCUGGAAACGCUCACACACAUCGCCAGACAACUGCGAGCACAGAGGGAUCAAGGGGGAGCGCUGGAGCUAGAGGGGGUGGAGGUGCGUGCUCAACUGGACGAGGAGAAGAACAUCACAGCGUUGGUUCCUCGUCAGCCCCUGGAGGUCCAUGAGACCGUGGCUGAGUGCAUGAUUUACGCUAACCACUGGGUGGCGCGCAAGAUCCAGGAGACCUUUCCUCAUCAGGCUCUGCUGAGGCAUCACCCACCACCACGGCAGGAGUUCUUCAGCCAGCUGUUGGAGAGUGCCAGGGCCAGAGGAUUCACCAUCGACACAUUGACCAACAAGGCUUUAGCCAACUCUCUGGACCAAGCUGUGGACCCAGAGGACGCGCUGGUGAACAGGCUGCUGAGGAUGAUGACCACCCAGGCCAUGUCAGAGGCUCUGUACUUCUCCACUGGUUCUCAGUCCCUGGAUCAGUUCUAUCAUUACGGUUUGGCUCUGGACCGCUACACGCACUUUACCUCACCCAUUCGACGUUACGCGGACAUCGCCGUUCACCGACUUCUUACCGCAGCCAUCGCUGCGGAAGGGGAAGGGGCCCCUGGUAAAGGGCUGGCUAGCAACAAAGAGUUGGAAGAAAUUAGUCGGCACAUCAACGGCAAGAACAGGGCAGCAAAGCGAGCACAGAAGUUGUCCACGGAGUUGUUUCAGUGUCUCUUCUUUAAAGACAGAGACCCGCAGACUGACCUGCGCUGCCUUGCUGAUGCCGUCAUCUACUCCAUCAGAGACGAUGGCUUGUUGGUGUUUGUCUCGGAGUACGGUGUGAAAGGGCCGGUGUAUCUGAAGAACCGUGAGGGACAGGUUGUGACGUUCGGACAGGACGGCAGCUGUGAGUGGCAGAGUGGUUCGGUGCGACGAUACCCGGACCACAUCAGCACCACGUCUGCCUGCAACACGUCCACCUUCAGACUGUUCGACCACAUUACUGUGCGCAUUUCUGUCCACUCAUCACACUGCCACGCAGACCGUUUAAGCUUGGAGGUCAUCAGCAACAAGCCGUACCGCAGCACUGAGGCCCAGCAGCCGCGCUCCGAGGGCCGCUGCCAGCUGGUGCAGGAAGUGGUGCGUCUGGCUGAGGAAGCGUCUCAGCAGGCACAGGAGAAGGCGGCCCGUGGCCCCAAACUCUCCAGAGAGGAGCGAAAGUUCUGCCAGAGCAAAACACCAAAUCUGUACUCGCUACUGGAGGAGGUGCGAGAGCUCGCACUGAUGGACCCGGAGAUGAUCCCUCAGGUCUGUGCAACAGAAGAGUAGAUCAGAUCUGACACACAACUGACUGAUGAGUUGCCGUCAAAUUGCACAUGAAUGCAGUGAACGCCUCAUGGCUGACAUGACUCUGUAUCAGAGGACAACCACAUUUCCAAAAAUCUGGAUAUAAAAUUUUUUGGAUCAGCAAAAUGGCAGACAUUGUGUUUUAUUUAUUAUCUGUAAACUUUUUUUUAAUCCAAACUUUGAUCAUGUGAGAUAUAAAUAGUAUUUGAUAUUAACUGAUGUAGCAGCUGUUUUGGUGGACAUUUUCAUUAACCUUUUUCCAAAGUUAAGGUCCAUAGACAAACAGGUGCCUGUUUAAUGCACAUUAUCAAUAAAAAAUAUGAAACCAUA